GUGUACGUUGGAGUAGAGUAGUUGGAGUCAGAUCGGUUGGAGAGCUAGUGCGGUGUCCAUAAAAACAACGGAGGUCACGUGGUUUAGACCUUGUUCUUGUACUAGGAGUACAGCCCAAUCAAAGAAGACUAAAGAGGCGCUCGAAGCGCUAAAUGUCUCGAAGUGCACGCGUGCGCAAGGCCGUGCAAGGGCCGAAGCAUUUCCUCUUCGGCAUCUUUCCUCCUGUGAUUCUGCGCCACCUCCUAUCGUUCGCCUGCUGAGGCGCUGAGGUUGAGGUCCCAAGAAGCCCGAGGUGUAUUUACGUCGCAGGGAUUAUCGAAACGGCGAUACUGUAUUAUCCACGUAUUCAUCCCAGACUCUAACCCGGGACUGGACAAGCACAGGCCGCCAGCGAUCGCCGAUACUGUGACUCACGCUUCGCAUUGACAGUUCACCAUGUUGGACGGCAGCGCUGCAGUCAACCCCAAUGGCUCCUGGCUCAACAGUCGUGGCAUCUGGCUUACCUACUGCCUGGGCAUCCUGUUGCUGCAUUUGCUGAUACUCAGCUUCCCUUUCCUGAGCGUUGCCUGGGCCUGGAGUCUCACGAAUCUUGCGCACAAUGUGGCGAUGUUCUUCUUCCUUCAUACACUUAAGGGAGUUCCUUGGGAGUCCGCGGACCAAGGCAAGUCACGAUACCUGACGCAGUGGGAGCAGAUUGAUGAUGAAAUGCAGUUCACAGCCACAAGGAAGUUCCUCACUGUGGUUCCUGUUUUCCUAUUUUUCCUCACAAGCUUCUACACCAAGUACGACUCCGUCCACUUUGCCAUCAACUUUUGUUCCCUGAUGUUCGUGCUAAUUCCCAAGUUGCCACAGUUCCACAAGGUUCGACUUUUCGGAAUCAACAAGUAUUGAAAGCAAGCAGGAAGAAGGUCAUGUUUCAGUUAUAGAAUAUUCCUACAUCUUGCUUCCGGUAUUUUUUCUAUUUUUUUUAACUGUUAACAUUACAAGGAAGCAUUGGCCUGCGUAUUACCUUCGUAAUGAAAGCUGUGGCGGUGUUUUGAGCUGCCACACAAUCAAUGCAAUUAUGUUCAUAUUAUCCUUAGGAUGUUGUCAUUGCGGUGUUUUGUAUUGAAACGAAAUCAGUCAUAUUCAUAGAUAUUAUUUUUAGAUAGGGAGCAGUUGCUGUUUCUUUGCAGUAGCGAAAUUUGCUCUUUCUUGUCAUUGAUAUUUUAGCACUGUUUAGUGCAGUUGUUGUGGCUCAUGAUAAAUCAAUUGCAGAUGUUGUGAUUGAUAAUGCAUAACUCCUUUGUAUAGUUGGAGUGCUCUAGUAUAUGUGAUACAAAGUGCCUUUCUUAUUUAAUAAACUCUUGUCAUCACACAGUCCAUAGUGGGAGUCUCUCUUUGUAUGGAUGACACUAGGCAGUCUCACAAUGCAUUAAAGCACAGCUGCCUGCACUGUGUCUUUUUAGUGCAGGCCAGUGUGCCAAAUUCAGUGAUGCCAAUAACACUUUAUAAUGAGAUGCCCCACUGUGCUGUUCAGACACAUCCUGAAAGAAAACUAUGUAUGAUGAGGUUGACAAGAAACAUAUGCUUGUAAUUACACUUUUUUUUACAAGUACUGACACCAGAUUUUUCUGACUCAUCUUUUUUUUAUUUAUUUAAUCGACCCAGUGAUCACGGCAUUAUGCCUAAUUUUAUCCACCACGCAAAGUACUAUAGCUAUAUCAUCCUUUAUAUUAACCAUAUUAAAAUUCAAAUCAGAUGCUGUACAGCUUAGCACCACAGGUGACAUUGCUGAAGUUGAAAGUGGUGAUACCAGCACAAAAAGAGAGAGAGGAACUUAAAUGGUAGAGUUUGCCUGAGUUAAGUGCCGCUGGUCUGCUACUCCACGCACGAAGCAACUGCACGUGUCCCAAUUAAGCAGCCCAAUUUAGUUAUCUGAAAGCACAGCAUGUUUUGUGAAAAGCCACUUAGCCAUCUCCAGCACAAGCAAAUUGGCCUUUCAAAUCUGCUUUGUACAUGCUGCCACACAGUUUCUGCAUGUAUGUAUUGCCAAACAUUUUUGCUUAUCUGUAUUGUGACGUUUCAGUGCAAAUAAAUUUGAAUUUCAAAUGAUCCUUUACUUUUCAA